UCUAAACAGACAAGUUAAAAGUGGCACGAACUUAGACUGUUACUCUUGAAAACAAGCGAACGACAAGAAGCCAGGUUCAGAUUUUCCUCACUGAGCUUCCCGAUGUUUUUGUGUGUCCUUUUUCUACAACUGAGGAUGGGAUAUCUAGCCAUACUUUACUACACGGCUGUGUUGAUAGCCUGUACGGGGAAGAUCUCGGCUUGCCCGGCCGAAUGUUACUGUGACGAACCAAACAGGAGAGUCUCCUGUACCGGUGACAACAUCACGGAGAUACCGAAGCACAUCCCCAUAGACACAAGGUCUUUAGACAUUCGGCUCACCUCAAUCACUACUAUAAAAAGGGGAGAUUUCCUCUUCCUACUCAACUUACGAGAUCUGAGUCUGGAAAACAACAAGAUCACUUCCAUUGAGGAAGGCGCUUUCGAAGGACUUGAAAAGAUGACAUUGCUGUCAGUCAACAACAAUCGCAAUCUCUCUCUGUCAAGAAUCAGUCCUAACAUAUUCCGCCAUCUCCCAAAUCUCACUUAUUUCUACGGACAGAACAACAGCCUGGAUAUUAUAUCCAGUGAUCUUUUCAAGAAAAGUAACCACGUCUUACAAAUACUAAUGGACCAUAGCGGUAUCGCUAACUUAGAGCCAAGAUGUUUCGCCAACCUUACCCGUCUUUCUAUGCUUGAUCUUUCAAACAACAACAUCAAAAGUAUCGGUAAAGACGUCUUUCUUGGGAGCUCUAAGCUACAAAGUCUUUUUCUUGGCAGCAAUAAUUUGGUACACAUUGAUCAAGGUGCAUUUCAUACACAGGGUUUGUUACAGUUUCUUACAUUGGACCAUAACUUGUUAGAGUCCAUUGAUGGUGUCUUCGAGGGGUUGGGGCUUAUGGUUUCUCUCACUCUAAGUAACAACGCAAUUCGUGUCAUCAAAAAUGGCACUUUUAAGGAUUUGCGUAGUCUCCACACUUUCGACAUAAGUAGUAACAACCUUGAAGAAACUCAGAGCGCGCUGCAAGACUUGGGAGACCUUGCGCAGAUCAAUUUGAGUCACAACCGUUUGACGAAGCUGUCACUCAAAGGCAUGCCGUAUCUGUCCGAUGUUUGGGUAAACAACAACCGUCUGACAGAAGUGCCUUCUGACAUGAAUGACUUGAAACAGGUGUACACCAUGGAUAUCUCCAGCAACCCCAUACAGACCCUCGCACCCUCUCCUUUCAAAGAUCUCAGGUCACUUUUAAAGCUUGACAUAUCCAACAUAACUGCUCUAAAGAAUCGCGAUUUAGAUGAAUAUCUUUUGGCCGGCCUCGACAAUUUGAUUGAACUCUGGUUAGAAAGAAAUGACUUAGCGCCCAUUCCAAAGACAGCGCUCUGUACUGUGAGCCAAAUCCAAAUCCUAAACCUCAACCAAAAUGGACUAAAUUCAACUCACAAAGACGAUUUGGCCUGUUUGCGUAAACUUACAAAAUUGCAGCUAGCAAAAAAUCUUCUGACAAAAAUUCCCGAGUACCUCGAAAGCUUGCCAAAUCUUGCACGACUCGAUCUUUCAGAAAACCCUAUUGUUCGCUUACCGUACCACUCUUUCACAAAUUUGUCAAGCCUAACCAAUGUAGACCUAAGCAACAGCAAGAUCGAGUUGAUAGAUGGACAAGCGUUGUAUAAUCUGAACUAUAUGGAGACUUUCAACAUUGCUGGUAACAAACUAACAUGGCUACCGAGUGGCAUAUUCAAUGCAACAACAUUCUCGGAAGAACUUGACAUUGGAAGAAACCAGUGGAACUGCGACUGUCAAAUGCAGGGAUUUGCAAAGGACUUGCACUCGGCAAAGCUCAAGGGCCUGGCUAACAUUACAUGUUCAGCACCAGAUAGAUAUAAAGGGCACAACCUGUUGGAUAUACCUUUGACAAAUCUCACCUGCGACUGCGACCAUCCACGAGCGCCCUCUGUUGACAUGAGUGGGAGUGACAACCAGACAAGGUAUAUGCAGCCGUCCACAUUGAAGUGUUCAGUGCAAAGUUGUCCAGACGCCAAGGUAUUCUGGUCCAUUCCGAUGGGGAUGAUUCUCUCUCAUGACGUCAUCGAGUUUCCCGGAUAUGACGUAGAAGCCGACGGAACUCUCGUCAUCAAGUCCACAUACCUAGAGGAUGCUGGGAACUAUAGUUGUACGGCAGUAAACUAUUUGGGGAAGGACACCAAAUUCCAUAUGCUUAAAGUUGUGUGAAAUAGAACUAGUCUAAGACUUCUAUUUUAUGUUUAGUAAAAAUUUCCAAUCCUAAAGUAAGAAAAAAAUGUCUUUAUAACUAGAUGUCUGAACAGAAAUCACUAAUUUUGAGGGCACUCUAACAUGAUCCCAAAUGCAAGGACCUCCAGACUGCGAAACUCCUUCCUACACCAUACCAUCAGACUGUAUAACAAAUCAUUGACUGAUGCUUAAGUGUUUUUUAUUUGUCUAUGUACUGUUUAUGUCAUGCCUACUGUGUCUAGUUGUUGUAAUAAUUUACUCCACACUGUAAGAUCAACGGUAUUCAGAGGUACUACUUCUAAGGGGUAACUCUGUAAUGUUGAUUUAAUGAAUAAAGAUUGAACAUCAAUGUAUAAAUCUGGAAACAUCCAAAUGUUUUCAAAGUCAGAUAUAACAGCUAUAAAGACUAUGAAUUAAUUGUACAAUAAUAUAAUGGGGCAAAUGCUCAACACUUUCAACUAUAUUAACGUACUAACGUUACCAUCCUGCCCUUGGUACUGACUCUAGUACAUUAACAAUAAGACAUACCUGUCCUUGGUGCUGAACGCCAUCAACUACCAUAAACAUAUUGGAUUGUUUUACUUGGAUAAGAUUCUUCAUGGGUGUGGGGCGAGCAUCUUUUGAUAGUGUAAAUUAGUUGUGGGUGUAUAUAGAUAUGGGUUUGCAUAUUCAUCGCUCUAUUGUCACAAAAACAUUUAACAUGGCAAGUUAAAUUUCAUUAUAAAACUUCUUAUAUGUUGUGGUAUAUACUAGUAAGUUACUAAGUUAAACGCAAUACCUGAUCAGUAUUAGUUACAGUAGUCUUAUGUACACUUUAGGCAAUCUGGUAUUAGAUUCUGAAAAGACUACAGUGGAACAAUCCUCCCUGUUCUUUGAGAAAAUAUUCAAUUAUGAAUGUUAUCCACAAUAUGAGUAGACAGUGUUUAAAAAUUUACACAUAACAUUAUAUGAACAUCAAUCUGUGCUGGUACAUAGUAGUCUAUGAGCUAAUUACCAAUACAUGUAACGCCACUAUUUUUUCAACUGUCGUACUGCAGUCUUAGUGACAUCUUCACAUCAAUUCUAAUCUGUUUCCAAGAAAAAUUCAACAAUACUGUAAAAUUGUGCAAGGCAGAUCAAAAUGAGCAAAUAUGUGCUUCUAUAUAUUAUUAAAUGAAUAUUGAAAACAGA